AUGGAUCAAGACAACCACAUGGCUCAAGACGAAGACAGCCACAUGUCACAGAGCCACACAUCCUUCGGCAAUGAGAGCUGGAACGACAUGAAUUCGUACACUCACCAAGCCACAAUGCCAGACUACGGCCCGUUCGGCGCCUUCAUGCCUACUAUGCCUCACGGCUUGCCGUCUGAGUCGAUUGGCAGGAUGCCUCCUCCUCCGGCGCCCCCUCAACCGAUACAGCCGCAUCAUCAACAGUCCCAUUCACAGCUUCCAAUGCUCAUGAUACCGUCUCAACCAACAUGGCCCAGCAUGUUGACGAAUCCAAACAGCUAUUCGGCGCCACCUUUGGGCAUGGCUCCUGUGGUCCCUCCCGCGCCCGCCAGGACGGGGAGACACGGCAACGGUGCCCAGCCCCAGCAGCGAAGGGUCUUGACGGAUGAAGACAGGAAGAAAAUGUGCCAGUACGCGGCCGAACACCCCAACGUCAAACAGACUGAUAUUGGUGCCAUGUUUGGGGUUGAGCGCAGCACUGUAUCCAAGGUCCUCAGAAACAAGGAAAAGUACCUGAAUCCUGAGGCGGACAGAAGUCAAUCACCCGCCGGCAGACGCCAUGCCAAAGGCAAGUACCCGGACAUUGAUCGCGGCGUCGUCUCCUGGUAUAGGAAACAGGUCCAAGCAGGGUUAACUCCAGGUGAUGAAGAGAUCCUGGAGCAGGCUAGGCACUUCUCUACCAACGGCGGCGGUGAAGCAAACCAGACGAAAUCGAUCAACGCCACGUGGCUGGAAAGAUUCAAACAGAGAAACAUCCUCCCUGGAGGAAGGCUCUCGCGAAGGGCAUCGGAAACGAACAUCACGAACCACGCCAAAAUCUCUGGCUCUCCAUCUCUAGGAGCAUCUGGUAUCUCCCCAGCAUCGCCAACAGGUCAUCAGUCCCCUCUGUCCGCUGACAGAAGCGACGAAGACGUUGUUCACGGUCUUGGUUUUGUCAGCUACGGAGACGGUCCAGCAUACAAACAUUCCAACUCUCAAAGCACCACGUCUCUCAACAGUGCCUUGACCGAUGCGGCCAAUUCAUCCUUCUCUGGGAGUGCCCUGAGUCCAACGGGAACCUUUACCUUCUCCCCUGACCCCAACGCUGGAGCUUUCUUGCCCCCUGAUUCGUCUCGCCAGAUGCACGGAGUCGCUUCAAACUUCCAGAGGCCCAGAAGCCAGACGUUCCCGAACAUUGACGUUGAAGCAAUGUACCAGACUGCAACGACUGAGCCCAUGACUCCGAAGUACCACCCAGCAUCGACUGCCCCGUCUUCUGCACUAGAGUCACCGAUCUACGAGAUGGCGGCACCGCACUUUGCUCUGGAUACCGCAAUCACAUCGUCUCCGCAUCUGCAUCACAGCAGCAGCAAUAGCAGCAUGGCCGGCAGAUCAGCGACCACGCCUGCAGGCUCGUCUCCAACAUCCCCGACGCAAGAGGAGGCCCGAAGAGCGGCCGACACUUUGCUGAGCUUUUUCUCCAGCACAGCUGCGAGCGGCUUGGUCGACCAGAAGGACUACCAGGGCCUGCUCAAGCUGACGGAGAAACUUCGAGUAAAUCCGCAACAUGCUGCCAAAUCUUCGGUGGGCGGCCUGGAUCGGAUUCCCGAGGGCGACACUGAAACUCUUACCCAUCACCCGAACCACAUGUCUUUUGAAGUCAAGCCGGAGGCAGUCUUGACCCAGUAA